AUGGGAGCAGGGCCCAUCUACACCACCCCCAGACAGAGUCGCCUCCCGGGCAUCAAGGUGAAAUACCUGCUGGUGGUGUGGCUGGGCAUCUUCGUGGGCAGCUGGGUGGCGUACAUGCAUUACUCGUCCUACUCCGAGCUCUGCCGCGGCCACGUCUGCCGGAUGAUAAUCUGUGACCAGUACAAGAAAGGAAUCAUUUCUGGCUCCACGUGCAAGGACCUGUGUGAGGAGCGCAGCCUCCUCUUCCAGCACUGCCUCUCCUCCUCUCCCACCCAGCAGGUUUAUGGUGGGCUCUGGAGGGAGAGGGAGGUGAUCAUCAAAUGCGGCAUCGAAGAAGCCUUGAGGGCAGACAGCCACCCAGACUCUGUGCCCAGGAGGGACAUGGUCCUCUUUGACAAACCGACACGAGGGACAUCGAUGGAUGAGUUCAAAGAAAUGCUCCUCAACUUCCUCAAGUCCAACCUGGGAGAUCAGCCUUCUCUCGCCGCCUUGGUGAGCCGGAUCAUCGCCAUGGCAGAUGUGAACCGGGAUGGGAAAGUGUCUUUAGCAGAGGCCAAAUCCAUCUGGGCACUACUUCAGCUCAAUGAGUUUCUCCUCAUGCUCUCCUUGCACGAGAAAGAGCACACUGCCAAGCUGCUGGGGCACUGCGGGGACCUCUACGUCACUGAGAAGAUCCCCCACACCUCCCUCUACGGAGUGGAUGUCCCCCCCUUCCUCCAGUCGCUGCUGCCUUCAGUCGUCCACCAAAUCAUCCACCAGUGGUUUGCACCAGCGUGGCCCCGGCGGGCAAAGAUCGCCAUCGGCCUUCUGGAGUUCGUGGAGGAGAUAUUCCACGGGACCUACGGGAACUUCUACAUCUGCGAGACCAGCUUUAAGAACGUGGGCUACAAUGACAAAUACGACUUCAAAAUGGUCAACCUGAGGAAGGUGGCAACGGAGAUGACAAUCAGAGGUUUCCUCAAAGGACGUCACUGUGAGCAGAACGUGGACUGCACCUACGGGAAGGACUGUAUGGCGACGUGCGACAAACUCAUGAAGCAGUGCAAAAGCGAGAUGGUGCAGCCCAACCUGGCGAAGGUCUGCGGGUUGCUGCAGGACUACUUGCUGUACGGGGCGCCGCUGGAGCUGAAAGAAGAGCUGCAGAAACAGCUCCGAACUUGCAUGACCCUCAGUGGCCUGGCCAGCCAGAUGGAAGUGCACCACUCCCUCGUGCUGAACAACCUCAAGACCUUGCUCUGGAAGAAGAUUUCAAACACCAAAUACUCCUAACGGGGGAAGCACGGCCCUGGAGUUUAGAAUCUGCAAUUUUGGAGUAAAGUCCAAGGGUUGAAGGCCUGUUUCUCCAUCGUCUCCCCCAGAGGAAAAAUACACCCUACACGGGGAGUUCAGCACAGCUGCAGCCACUUCUCCUUCAUGGAAAACCAAGCAUCAUGACUUCCACCACCCAGCAGGAUCAUCGAUACAGUCGGCAAGAGCACGCUGCGGAGCUGGGACACCGGGAGCCGGGCUGAACA